GGCCGCGCUCCGCCGUUGCCACGGCAACGGGGCGAGCCGGGCUGUAAGGCCUGUCGGCGACAAUCGCCCUGUCGGCGGGGGAUGGCGGGGAUAGCGCUCUGCGAGCCCGGCCGCCUCUACAACAUCCUCAACCAGCAGCGGCGGUUGUCCCGGCUGGCGGAGCCCAACUACCUGUGCCUGCUGGAUGCUCGUACUCAGCGUGAAUAUGAUGAAAGCCAUAUUAUUACAGCACGCAGGAUUGAACAGAGUCCUACAGGGGAGUACCUGGUACCGGAUUCAGAGGAGCUGGGGUGUGUCAGAUACUGUGUGGUGUAUGACUGCGAGACCAGCUCUUUGGAUUGCUGUGACUAUGAGGAAGAGGAGAAAGAAGAAGGGAGCAGUGCUUCUUUACAUACUGAAAACACUGACUCAAGUUCCGUAUGUUCACAGAAUGCUGAGGAAGGAACUGCCAUCCAGUAUGCCAGAUGCUUAGAGCAGUUCACCCGCCAUCCCGUCCUUGUCCUGAGGGGAGGAUACAAGCGUUUUUCAGCUUGCUAUCAUUUUCUGAGGACUCAGAAGAUAUUGUGGAUGCCUCAGGAACUAGACAACUUCCAGCCAUACCCUGUAGAAAUACUGCCUGCAAAGUUAUAUAUGGGCAAUUUCAAGCAGGCCUGUGACCAACAAAUUCAGAAAGAUCUGAAGAUCAAAGCACAAGUCAACAUCUCUGAACAGCCUGCAACACUGUUUGCAGAAGGCGGCAAAUACCUCCAUAUAUCUGUUCCAGAUUCGCUUGAAGGAGAUCUUUUUUCUUCCUUUGCCACCAUUUGUCAUUUCAUAGAUGCUCAGCUGGAUCACGGAGCGGUACUGGUGUUCUCCAGCCUGGGGAUAAGCCGGAGCAGCACAGCAACCAUGGCCUAUCUUAUGCAUUCCUGCCAGUUUUCCCUGAAGAGAGCUUGGGACUACGUUCUGAAAUGCAAAACGAACAUGAGACCACACCGGGGCUUUGUGAAACAGCUCUCAGACUGGGAGACCCAAAUCUAUGGGGCCACGAUCACAGACAUCUCUGAACCAAACUACUGACAGGUAGCAAAGAGAACACCCAGCGGGGAAAGGUGCUUCCCUGUCCGUACCACCGUGUCGGUAGAAAGUUCCUUGAACUGUUUGGAAAAAGAUCUUAAUGUAAUGGAAAGGCUUUCGUCUUUAGCUCCGUAUUAUUUUGGGUCAAGACCACACCUCCCACUUGCCACCUUCUAAUACAGCAACCGAAGCUCUUGGCACGGCUGGUAACUUUGAAGCAUCAAUCCUGCUACGUGAAACCUAAACUCAGUACUGUCCUCUCUCUUACCGCACUGUGAAUUCUUCACGUUGGCGUCACAAAAUAAAACAUUACAGAAAACGC